AUGUUAGCUACUUGUUUCGUGAUCGACAGUCGUUUUCCGAUGUAUCAAUCGGAUCAAGAUGAACACAAACAUAUAACAUGGUUCGAUUGCCUGUACGCUCAUCUCAUCGAUGAUUCGAAAGACAAUUGGGAACGAUAUAUUCGCAAUUCUCAUUUGAUUCCCUAUUGCAGACGACCUGAUCUUGACGAUGAUAAAUGGCCGUCAUUACUGAAUGAACAUGUGGCAAAAAGAAUCAGCUUCACUGAACUUCAUCGGCAAGGUAUCACUGGUGAACAAUUACUCAGUUGGUUUGCACCGAUUGAUGUAGCUCAACGUUAUGAAAGAGAUCGUGGCAAGAUCGAUGGAGUUUUCUAUAAUUGCUCGUCACCUUGGUUCGGUCCAUUGUGCCAGUAUCAAUUUGAUGAUGUCACUUCAGUCUCAUUCAGCCGCAUCGUCCAAUCGAGCUUUGAACAUCGUUCGCUUCGUCUGAACAAUAUCACUACCGGUACUUGUUAUCCAUUAUUGCUGAAUUGCAAUCGCGACCCAUGGCCACUGUGUCUCGACUGGCGUGAAAUCUGCGAUCAGAAAUUUGAUUGCCCCGACGGCGAAGACGAACAUGGAUGUGAGCUUUUAGAGACAACACAAUGUGCUGAAGAUGAAUAUCGAUGUCAUUAUGGUGGUCAAUGCAUUCCAUUGGAAUUUUUGCGCGAUAGUCAGUACAGUGUCGAUUGUCUUGAUGCAAGUGAUGAGCAGGAAUUUCAUGGAAUAUUUGGUCAGUCGUAUAAUUUUGACUGUAUCAACAUUCCAACUUUUCAAUGUGAGGAACGUACUGGUCGGUAUGUUCGUACGUUUCCAUGUGGUGACGGAGAAUAUCACUUGCGCAAUAUUCUACCAGCACCACGACGCUUUUGUGCAAAUCGACGUGACGAAGAAAAGCAUCGAAUUCUUCUGAAAUCUUUCGAUUAUAUCACCGACAGUCACUGUCGACAAGCAUUCUUUUGUUCACUGCAUGCCAAUCGUAGUUUUGGUAAAGUAUUUAUAAAAUAG